AUGCCUCGCCCGCGCGCCGCGCGCCUCGCCGCGUUCGACGUCGCCGGCGUCGUCGCUCUCGUCGCCGUCGCCGCGGCGUGGUGCGUCGUCCUGUCCACGGCGUACGGCGGCGAAAACCGCUGCGACAUGAGCUACAUGUACCCGAGUUUCUUCCCGGUGACGAACGUCGCGCUGGCGUCGCCCGCGCACGCGCUGUAUCGCUACCGCGACGCGCGCGCGCGCGAUGACGACGUCGACGAUCGCGCGCGCGCGAGCGGCGACGCGAGCGCGUGCGUGGUGAUCAACGUCUUCGUCCCGGGGACGGGGGGCGGUUACGGGCAAGCGCGAAGCGCGGCGAGCGGGACGCUCGAGAGCGAAGGAUGCCGCGUCGAGCACUACGCCCUGGAUUUCGCGGAAGAACUGAGCGCGUAUAAUGGAAUGCUACUCGCGAGACAGGCGAAAAGCGUGGCGCGGGCGCUGGAUGGGUUGAGGACGCUCGAGCGCGCGAGGACGGAAAGACGCGUCGUGGCGGGAUGGAGCGUCGUGGGACACAGCGCGGGAGGAUUGGCGGCGAUGGAAGCCGCGGCGAGCGCUCUGGGAAGUGAGUUAGGGCUGACGAUAGUGAAUCUAGCGACGCCGAGCGCGUGGAAUCCGGUGAGUCUGACGUUGACGCAGCGCGCGCGAGAGGCGGGCGUGCGGCGACGUUGGCGAACGAGCGACGCGAGACGGAGCGUGGCGCUCGUCAGCGUCGUCGGUGGCGAGCGCGAUCGGCAGGUGAGCUCGAGCCCGAUGGGUUUUGUCGAUGAUUGGGUAGAAGAAGGGCUCGGUGUGAGCGCGAGCGCGAGCACGGCGUCGCGGGUGGGCGUGUCGGCGGAUCAUCGAUGCGCGGCUUGGUGCAAACAGUUAAUCGUCGCGAUCUCGCGUGGAUUCGCCGAGGCGUUUCCACGAUCGAAGGUUCUCACCGCGCACCAGCGCGCGCGCGCGUUUCGCGACGCACUUGGUGAUAAAGACGCGGCGCGCGCGCCGUCACCGACUUUCGGGGUGCCCGCGCGAGCGUACGAGGCGACGCAAGAGCGCACGCCGAGCGCUCUGGCGGGCGUCGUCGCCAACGUAUUAGCGCCGCGGUCGGUGAUGAGCGCCUUCGCGUUCGCGCUCAUCGCACACGCAGCAUCACCGAGCAUACUUCGUGAGCGCGUCGUGGAAUCCGUGAUCGCGUCGCUCGCGGUCUACGUCGCGAGUGGGUGGAUAGCGAAUCGCGCGUUCGACGUUCGCGGCGACGUCAGACGCGCGUUGACGACGUGCAUGGUGCUCGCGCACGUCCCAUCUCUCAUCGCGUGGGCGCACCACGUUCUUCGCACCUUACCGACGUAUGGUUUUCACGCAUUGGUGCCGCCGUUCGGUGCGAUGGACGCCGUCGCGCUCUGCUUCGCCGCGGCGUCGACGCGUUUCGGCGCCAUCGCUCGCGAUCAGUCGUCGGGCGCGUCGCGCGCACGUCAAGUCGCGUGGUGUCUCGCCGCCGGCGCCGCCGCACCGGGCAACGUCGGUCUCAUCCACAUCGCCGGCGCCGUCGUUCACUGCGCGGAGACGCUCCGUCUUCCUCGCGCGUCGCUGCCGAAGAAAGUCGCGUGA